UGCAAGAUAUCGUGGUCGAUUUUGUGUACUUUAAUAAAGAUCCUAUUUAUAUCAUCGUGGAGUAUCUUGGCAAGGGAGACCUCAAGAAAGUUCUGGUGGGAUACAGGACUACAGACACUGGUAGCGAUUAUACCAAUAUCUCUGGCCCGAGUCGCUCACUCUCACUGAGAUUGCUCAAAUUUGCCCGGGACGUGGCCGAUGGAAUGACAUACUUGGCCUCACAAAAGUGCAUUCAUCGCGACCUGGCUGCCCGUAACGUGCUGGUAGACGACAACAUGGUGUGUAAGGUAUCUGACUUUGGGCUGGCCCGUGACGUCAUCAAUAUCAGAGUCUACCAGAGAGAAUCAAAGGGUCCACUGCCCAUGCGCUGGAUGGCAUUGGAAUCCCUACUCGAUGACGUGUACACAAUCCAGAGUGACGUAUGGUCUUUUGGCAUUCUGAUGUGGGAAAUCGUCACACUUGGUGCUCGGCCGUACCCACACAUUAUGACUGCAAAAGACAUGGUGCACCAGCUAAGGGGAGGCUACCGCAUGGCUAAACCAACAAACUGCAAGAAGGAACUGUAA